GUCUCUACUCCACUCCGUGUGAUCUCAGCCAAGUACUCACACUCGUUUUCCAGCUAUGCGUGGUCUAUCGUUCCUUACGUUGGGGCUUGUCCUAUGUGUUGAAGCAGCGACAAUCUCCAAAGAUGCCAGAUGUGGAGCGCCUGGCAAAGGAACUUCUUGCUUGAACUCAAAGUGGGGAAGCUGUUGCAGCCAAUAUGGUUGGUGUGGAUCUACCAAAGACUAUUGCGAAACCGGUUGCCAAGUAGGCUUCGGAUCGUGCAAAAAGGCUCCUGUAAGCUCUACAAAGCCCACUGUUUCAACGGCAACGGGCCUUGCACCUUCCGCCUCUCCUAAGCAACCAAUAUCCAAGAAUGCUCGUUGUGGCGCUGGCUUUGGUGGACAAACAUGCCAGGGCAGUAAAUGGGGCAAUUGUUGCAGCCAAUACUUUUAUGUAAGAUACCUCUCCAAUUUGCUCAUUAUAAGCCGGAAUCUAAGAAAGUUGACUUGUGCAGUGCGGCAGCAAUUAUGACUAUUGCAGUCCUCAGUCGUGCCAGAAGGGUUAUGGCGAAUGCGAUCCCGCGCCAUCUUCAUCCAGGUCCAGCUCCAGCUCGUCGACAAUCGUCCCCAGUUC